AUGGGCGCAUCGUCUAGCGGUGAGAUCCCGUUUCCAACCUACUCGUCGCCGCCCUCCAAGCCUCGCUCCAGAGCGAUUUCAGGGGGCACCACCGGAGUAUCGUCUCGAAGAAACACGUCGUCGUCUUCGAGGUCGCAACAGUACGAAACCAACUACAAACAUGUGGCAAGUACCAUCCCGGUGUGGCUCAUCGAAGAUAUUGGCGACCAGGAACUCUCACCGCAGGUCAACAACUCCAACUCCUUCCAAAACGACAGUGACCGUAUCACGGAGAUUGCCGAGGGAGACUCGGACAAGGCCAUUUCCGACGUGGACAACGGUGAGGGUGCGGCACCCACUCUGAAUUGGAGACGGCGUCUGCCCACUUCCUCUUUCAACUUUGCUUCACCACAAACCACAGCUCUACGGCCCCUGCAGGGAGUGCUGGUGGCCCCGCUAAAACUGCAUACCCACAUUUUCCGCCACCACCGACUCAAGUACGUGCAGGGCGAGUCCAAAAACAGAUACGUGGAAACCAACCCCCAUUAUGAAUGGGGCACUUUUGCUAACAAGGUCAUUCGACGAGACGUUCUGGGCAAUGAAGAGAUUGUGGAUGUGUCGGAGCUGGAGGGCCAGUACGACUUUGAGUCAAAGUACGGCGGCGACGACCAAGGCCAAUUGGGAUCCACGUCGUGGUUCCUGAAACGAAAGCUCAAGGGCUUCAUCAGCUUGUUCCGAAACAUUGAGGACGACGACAAAUACAAACGAGGCGCGGAUCUCAACUUCCGGGAGUUUGUGUCCGAGAAGUCGCGGCAAUCGUGGAAACCAAAGUUCUACGUCAUCUUGCUCAACGACCCCUACGUGCCUCUGACGUUCCGAACCAUCAUGUUCUCUCUGUCAUGCGUGGCUCUGUCUCUAUCUGCAUCUGUCUUUGUGCAUUCGAAGAAUAACACGCCGAUAUCCAUUCCCCAGCAGCCGUCGACGAUUAUGGCCAUUGUGGUGCAGUCCAUUGCACUGGUGUACAUUGUGUACAUUACGUACGACGAGUACUCGGGCAAGCCUCUGGGUCUUCGAGAUGCCGGCUCCAAGAUCCGACUCAUCAUGUUGGAUCUCUUAUUUAUUAUUUUCUCAUCCGCAAAUACGGCUCUUGCAUUUAACACCAUGUGCGACAAACGGUGGGUCUGUCGUACCGACCACGAUCUCAGUGACCCGGACCCUAUGCCCUACAACUACGCCAUGUGUUCACGGCAGAAGGGUCUGGUUGCGUUUCUGCUCAUGAUUCUCUUUUCGUGGGUCUCCACUUUUAGCAUUAGUAUCUUCCGUCUGGUAGAGCGUGUUGCUGGAGACAAGCAGAACUAG